GGAUCAGCUCCCUCGGUUUUUUUGCGGUGGUAUGACACAGGCUCCAUUUCUUUGCAUGUCUGUCUCCGACGUUCAGCCGCACGACCACAUGGGUGUCGCUGCGCACACUGACUGUGCUCAGUACCAGCAUACUUUUUACAACCCUAUUAUUCCUGCCAUCCAAACAAAUCCAAACCAGGCAAGCGGAAACCAACCGCUUAAUACUGCGCUACCAAAGCCAGUCCGUGAAAAGAAACCAUUAAGUGUGUUUGAUCCUGUAACAAAAUCAAAACUUAAUCUAGAAGAAGCAUCAAGAAUCCCUUCUGAAUCACGCAAGAAAGAACCAUUAAUUAUACAACCUAAGGCGGAUGAAACGCCUCCCUUAUCUCAAACAAAAGACGAAAGCGAAAAACCUGUCUGCACUGAGUACAAGGAUGAGGGUAUAUCAAGCGUAGAGACAGCGUCACAAGAAGAUGCCCCACCUAAAGAAAGUGUGGGUUCAGACGACUUGUGUAAUGAGGUCCUUGAGCAUGUCAGAUCACUAGAUGAACGUUUGUCACAAGAAGACGAAACCGAGUGGGAAGGUGCAAAAGAAGAGGAGGCAAAAGAAGAGACGAUGGACAGACAAAGAUAUCCACGUGACUUCAUUCUUUCUUGUAAAGCUUCAGGCGUUGUAUUGUCGUUAGAUAACUAUAGGGAUAUCAUGAAUAGCUUUGCAAAUAUAAAAAGGACUCGUAAUCAAUCUAAUAUACACAGAGGCAGAGUUAUUCAAAUACCCACAACUAUUACUAUCAAACGUGUUGAAGGUGCUUUCGUCCCGUCAAAACUUGUUCAUCACGGAGCCAAUAAUGUAACAGAUAGGUCAAAGGAUAUCGCUCGAGAGCUAAAUAUGAUUUUAAACCGUGUUUCGGCCAGCAAUUUAGAAGUGACUAUCAGUGAUAUUGAGAAGCUUAACAUCGCAACACCCGAAGAUCUCAGUCUUUUGGCAAGAACGAUUUUCCAAAAAGUAAGUCCAAGUGCUCGUACUAGAUGAUUAGUUCAUUAGUGUAGUUAAUUACAUGGGAAAGGAGCACAAGUACUAUUGUUUAUUUACAAGACUCGGUGUUUCCCUAUCAUGCACCGGAUUUCUCUGUGUUGUAUUCAGAAACUAACAAUACAGAUUUCAAUACAAUGUCUAUGGUUUCAACAAGCGUGAAAUAAUGUGAUAGGUGGUGAUUUCCACAUAACCUUUGCUUAGAACUAAGCACACCACAUACGAAAAGUUUUGAAUGCCAUUCCUGUCCGUUAUCAGGCAGUCAAAAUACUGU